AUGGCAGCGAGGAAAGUUCUAUCCUACGAGGAUUAUACAAUCGCCUGGAUCUGUACCUUGCCCCUGGAAAUGGCAGCAGCGCAAGCUCUCCUAGACGAGAUCCACCAUGGCCUGCCUCAAAAGCCGAACGAUAACAAUGCCUAUAUAGUUGGGAGCAUCGAAAAACACAACGUUGUGAUUGCCCGCUUACCCUUCGGAGACCAAGGCAACGCCACCGCCCAGUUGAAAUUUAGUUUUAAAUCAGUCAGACUCGCGCUGAUAGUUGGCAUUGGAGGAGGAGUACCCAGCGAAAGGAUGGAUAUUCGAUUGGGUGACGUUGUGGUCGGUAAGCCAGGUAUCAGGCACGGAGGGGUUAUAUCUAUAGAAAACAUCGACGCAUUCGCAUAUGCCUAUUCUCAACAAGUGCGCCUGCUCAACCAACCGCCGCCGGUAGUCUUGGCGGCACUUACGAAGCUACAAUCUCUUCAUCUUACAAGAGACCGUCGGGUCGAGUCGAUCCUGGCAGAGAUCAAGGAUAGAAGUGGUCAGAACGCCCAAAAAUUUGCUCGCCCAGCUCAGUUGGAUCGCUUAUUUCUUGCGGGCUACCAUCAUGUAGAUGCAAAUUCCAGGACAUGCAAUUCCUGUAACGUGAAAAUGACAGUCCAGCGGCGUCCAAGGAAUGGCUCUGCUCCGGUCAUUCACUAUGGUUUGAUUGCCUCCACCAAUCGAAUGGUACAUGACAGCAUGGCGCGGGAUAAGCUAUCCGAGGCGUAUCAAGUCAAUUGUAUCGAGACGGAGGCCACAGGAGUAAUGAGAGUUUUGCCUUGUUUUGUCAUACGAGGAAUCAGUCACUAUGCCGACUCUCAUAGGAGCCAUGACUGGGAGGGCUAUGCCGCAGCUGUGGCUGGGGCGUAUGCCAAAGAGCUUCUCUCGGAGAUGUGGGCUCUUUAG